UGAGUAUAAUAACUCCGACCAAAAGGCGGAAUUAUUAAAAUGACCUAAAAAAAAUGUUUACUGAAUAAAAAUCAACGAGAAAAGUCAUCGUAUUUGAAGAAUAAAAGUAAAUAAUUUUUUUAACCAGCCGUGAAGUAAGCCACAUAAUACCGCCAAAAUUUACUCCAUGUUAUACGGCGAAAUCAUUAACAUUAGCUAUUACAGUAUUAUAAAUUUUUUAUUUUCCGGAAUUAUGAAUAAAUGUAGAAUAACGAAUGAAACGAGUGAAAUCCAAAAAUGUACUCAGAACGGGGAAGAACACGAAGAAUAUCAAUAUUUAAAUUUAAUAAAAAAAAUUAUAAAAGAAGGGACGAGGAAAGAUGAUCGUACAGGUGUAGGCACAUUGUCCAUUUUCGGGACACAGAUGCGAUUUAAUUUACGAGACAAUGUAUUUCCAUUGCUAACUACAAAGCGAGUAUUUUGGAGGGGCGUAGUGGAAGAGUUGUUAUGGUUUAUUAGAGGAUCGACAAAUGCCAAGGAAUUAAGUGAAAAGGAUAUCCACAUAUGGGAUGCAAACAGUUCACGUGAGUUUCUAGACUCUUGUGGCUUCACAGAUAGAAAAGAAGGAGAUUUAGGACCUGUUUAUGGAUUUCAAUGGAGACACUAUGGUGCAGAGUACCGAAAUAUGGAUACAGAUUAUAAAGGACAAGGGAUAGAUCAGUUAAAACAUAUCAUAGAUAAGAUAAAACAUUCUCCCAAUGAUAGACGAAUUGUAAUGUCAGCAUGGAACCCAGGCGACAUUUCAAAAAUGGCUCUACCUCCCUGUCACUGUCUUGUCCAAUUUUAUGUGAACAAUGGAGAGUUAUCAUGUCAACUUUAUCAAAGAAGCGCUGACAUGGGUCUUGGCGUACCAUUUAAUAUCGCAUCCUAUUCUUUGUUAACUUACAUGCUAGCACACAUUUCAAAUUUAAAGCCAGGUGAAUUUAUACAUACAAUGGGUGACUGUCACGUAUACCUCAAUCACAUAUCCGGACUCGAGGAACAAACAAAACGUGUGCCAAAACCAUUCCCAUAUUUAAAAAUCAUUAGGAACGUUGAAAACAUAGACGAUUUCAGAGCGGAUGAUAUCGAACUUAUCGGAUACAAGCCACACACAAAGUUAUCUAUGCCAAUGGCCGUUUAAAAACAAAAUUGAACACAGAGUACUGACACAAGCUUAUGUACAUAUUUUUAUCUAGAAGUAAGAUUCGGUCAUUAAGAAAAUACAUGUUCGAUUGAUAUUAAAUUGGUGAAUGAAUAUA